GCGAGGCGGGGCGCGCGCGGCGGCCGUUGCGGGGCGGUUGGGGCGGGCGGCGGCGGCGGCGGCGCGCGCUGCGGGCAGUGAGUGUGGAGGCGCGGACGCGCGGCGGAGCUCGAGCUGCUGCAGCUGCUGCCGCCGCCGGAGGAAGCUUGUUCCCCGCGCUCCGGACCCCCCGAUCCUCGCCAUGGCUGACCAGCUGACCGAGGAGCAGAUCGCAGAAUUCAAGGAGGCCUUCUCCCUCUUCGACAAGGAUGGCGACGGCACCAUCACGACCAAGGAGCUGGGCACUGUGAUGCGUUCGCUGGGCCAGAACCCCACCGAGGCAGAGCUGCAGGACAUGAUCAAUGAAGUGGACGCCGACGGGAACGGCACCAUCGACUUCCCGGAGUUCCUGACCAUGAUGGCCAGAAAGAUGAAGGACACGGACAGCGAGGAGGAGAUCCGGGAGGCCUUCCGUGUCUUCGACAAGGACGGAAACGGGUACAUCAGUGCCGCUGAGCUGCGUCAUGUCAUGACGAACCUCGGCGAGAAGCUGACGGACGAGGAGGUGGAUGAGAUGAUCCGGGAGGCGGACAUCGACGGCGAUGGGCAAGUUAACUAUGAAGAGUUUGUACAGAUGAUGACCGCGAAGUGAAGGCCCGGCAGCUGGCAAUGCCCGGCCUUGGAUCUUGGAUCUCGCCUCCCUCCCACGCCCGCCCGCGGCCCGGUUCUAGCAAACACCAAUUGAUCGACUGAGAAUCUGAUAAAGCCACAAAAGAUUUGUCCCAAGCUGCAUGACUGCUCUUUCUCCUGCCUCGGGGUCUCCUGCCACACCCCCCACCCCUGCCCACCCCCCCACACACCCCUCCCUGUCCUCCCUCCUCCUCCUCACUCCAUUGCCUGCUCCCGGGAGGAGUCUCCCAUCACCUCCAGCUCUGGGGGGGAGGCGCGGGGGGCUCCUCCCACCCUCCUCUCUCCCCGUGUCACCUUUCUUUUCUCCUCUUGACUUGGGGGUGCUGGCGUGACUGGCCAGGGAGGGACCCAGCAUCAUGCAGGCGCCAAAGCCUGCCUGCCGCCACCGCAGCAUGUGGCCCUGGAGUCCUGAGGGGGUGGACAGGGGCCAUGGCGCGAGUUGGGGGUGCGUGAGAAGCCGGCAUUCUCGUCCCACGCGAGGGGGGCAGCGCUCGGACCCCUGCGGCUGCGCUUCAGUGGCCCCCCUGGGCAGGGUGGCCACUGCCCUAUGGCUUGUCCUUGAGCCAAGUCCUGCUGUUGUGUGUCACCUGGUGCUAAUCCUCCGCUCGCUGGCCCACCCGCCCGCAUCCCCGGCUGGGUGCGGGGCCAGGGGGGUUCUGUAAUGUGCCAGCUCCCCCCAAAGCUUGUGUGUGUGUGUGCGCGCGCUUCCCACACACCUAACCCCUGUCCAAGCCCGUGCGGGGCUCACUGAAGGGUGGGGAGAGGGACGAUGCACCCCACCAGGCUCUCCUGAGAACACCCCUGCAAUAAGAACCCCCACCCCACCUCUGCUGUCUGUGCUCCCCGCCACACCCCCGCCUGCCCCCCACGCCCCAGCGGACAGCAUGAUCCCGUCCGCAGCUGCUUCUGGCUUCCCCCCUGGGACAAGUGCGUUGAAGAGGGCAGUUAGUCGCCGCCCUUUGGGGUCUUAAUCCCCCCUGCUCAUUGCACCCCCUGUCCCCCAAUUCCCCAAUGGUUUUUGUUUGGGUCCUGGACCUGCCCAGCUUCGAGGCACCCCUUCUCUGCCCUGGGGAGGGGAGGGAGGGCGGGGCGAGGGGAGAAGGGCAGGAGGGGAGGUUGUGGGCAUUCUCAGAGUGUUUUCCUCUUGGUUUUUCUUUUUUUUUUUUUUCUUUUUCUUUUCUUUUUUUCCUUUUUUUAAGAAACCGGGCGAUAUUGUGUUCAGUUCAAGCUGUGAAGAAAAAUAUAUAUCAAUGUUUUCCAAUAAAAUACAGUGAUG